AUGAGUCGGGCACACCAAUCACAUCGCUCAAAUGCGAACACGUUCGCCUGUUCAGACGUGAGAAUUCAGAUGCUUCCAACUACUACUCUUUGGUGUGGACUCACCGAAAUAAUUACGCCAGAACAAGAACGCGACCGUUCAAACGAGAGCGGUGUGGUAGUAAACCAAAUACCCAUCCCGCAAAACCCCAAAAUUCCUGAGGAGUGUCUCCGAAGGAGCAACAUUGGAGGGAUGCUUAUCAGAAACGUACCGUUUGGUCUGGUUGUGGAAGGUGAAAGAGAAAUUUAUGAGAAUACGUUUGACGGAGUUAUCGGAUUAGGUCGUCGAUCGAUGUGCUUGGAACAAACACAACCUCUUAUACAGUCUAUUCAUCGACAAGGACUGAUAAGUCGAAAAUUUGGAUUUCACUUUCAAAAGCGAAAAGUGCUCAUUUGCAAACUAAUUUGGUUUUUCGAGAGACCCGCAUGCAACCUAGCUGAAUCUUUUGUUUGUGAUGUUUCCAUGCACCUGAAUGUGCUGCGCAAGGCCGCCCGAUGUUUCAGUCGCUACGAUAUUCGACAUAUCGCGAUACAUGUACAUUCGAUAUUCAUUUGCAAAUUGGGAUUACACACGCAGAAUCACAGAAUGAUCUUUGAUACUGGUGCCCGUGCCAUCCAUCUGCCUGGAGAUAUCCACAUGGCCAUCAACGAUAUGCUAAAAAUGAAAACACUGGUUGAUGGAGAACAUGUGUUUGAUUGUGAAAUGUUGCAUUUUCUGCCCCCGAUUGCUUUCCAAAUACAAGGGAAAAUGUUUCAAAUUUUCCCGAAGCAAUACACAAUACAGAAAACCAUCGGUGGAGACACCAAAUGUUGGACUGUUUUCUACAACGUCUCUGACAAAAGCCCCGCCGGCAUAAUACUAGGAAUGUCAUUCUUACAUUCGUUCCAACUACUUUUUGACGACCACCUCGGUAGGAUUGGUUUCAUUGCACGCCACGGAAAGUCUCGCAUUUUCUAA